UACCGCAUUUGCAUGACGUGUGAAGAUGGGGAAAUCCGGGAUGGUGAAGGGAAACGGAAGUUUUCUCAUUAGUGUUUCGAAGAGGCUUGGUGGGUAUCUCGGCAUCGUUAUCCAGGGCGCAUCAGAUGUCGGGGCCGAUCAUUGGGGGGUCAGCUGGACCGUGCCGGCCGGCUUGGCGGGCGAACGACAUGUCUUGGAAUGACGAAAGCUGCCCCUCUGCAUUCGCUCAGAGUUUUUCUUGCAUCGUGAUGGGAAAUUCGGUCAGAGGGAUGAGGAAGGGAGAUUAGAAUUGCUUCCCAUGGAAAACACAACCCCGGGGUUUGGUAACUCAGCGGGCACAACUCAUGCGUUGUGCUAUUAGGAGAAUUAAACUUUCUUUGAUCCUCACUAACGUAGGCGAUGUCCGGGGAUUUUAAUGCCUGUCCGAAACUGGACUUCCCGUCUGUCACCUGCACGACUUUCCAUGCCUCGCUGAUCAGAGUCACACAUUUUUUUAACCCAACCCUCGAGCAUCACCUUGUGCUUCUCUCGAAUAUUCUCCCUAGCAGCCCACACCUACCCUCACAUGCAAUUUCUGGUCAGACCCUACAGGCAUACCAUCCAAAAUUGACAAGGACCCUGCUUACUGCACACCACUGCCCCUAAAGACCUGCCACUACGUAACCGCCGAGCUUCGCACGAGUUCGGUCUUCUCAUCCAAAAGGAAAGCCGCCAAUUGCCAGUCAUAGGAGUCGGACCAAGGCCGCGGCAAGCCAGGAUUUUUCAUCAAUCUUUCUGCAGAGAAAACCUCCGCUAGUGUCAUCCGCAAAAGGUGGUGAAAUCGAGAUCGCAGGAUCCGCACUCGAGAGAUACUACACUCACACACACAGCACCCACACACACACAGCACACACACACGACCCUCUCAAUAGGGCCACCUCCGUUUGCCGCUUUCCGGGAAGUGACGGGGGCCUAGGAGCAACCAAGCAUUAACGGUCCUUCCUUUACACUAUUACCUUGGGAGCCUUUUCUAGUUUUUCACUACCCUGUCAAUUUAUAUAAGACCCCGGCCACCCACCCAACCACCACUUACACACUCCACCAUGAUGCCCAUCACCCUAAUGAUAGGGAACCUCUUCGAGACUGUCUUGUUUCUCACGGCUCUCGUCAACAUCUCGGACGCGUGCGACCAGCUGAUUGCCAUGGUCGGAGGCCAAGGCAUUUUGGCAGUCGGAUUGGUUCUCGAACGAGUGUUCUUAGCAUGGCCGUCCCAAGAGUGGCCGGUGGUUCCCCCGGCCCUGCAGGGUUCAUGAGCAAUAGCAGCAGCUCACCGUCGUCAUGGCCACAGCCUACACAACCUACACAACCACCACCACCACCAGCUUCACAACCACAACACAUACAACUACCACAACAAAAUAUCAGUCAUUUGUCUGUUCAUACCCAAAAUGUUAACGUCAACACCACCUCCCCGCGUUCUCCUCAUCAGCUACAGCAGCGGCCACCGCUCCCGCGCAUGGGGAGCAUAGGGUAUGAAUCACCAGACGAGUUUGAGCCUCCGAAUUACAACCCUGCUCCGGGUCAAGGGGGGUUUUCAUCAUAUUAUCGGAAUCGCCAGCCCGGGAGGAGUGGUACGUCCACACCGGCCACCAUACAUACCCAUGCACCGUACUUGGAGUUUUCGACGCCGGAAUCCCUGGAGGGGAUGAUGAACCGGGCAGGAAGUAAUGCCAAGUAUGGGAAUGGGAAAGUGAGCAUCAAAGACCGGAUUUGCUGUGUGCAGUGGAAUUGGUUUACCAUGACCAUGGCGACAGGCGGAGUAGCCAAUGUUCUUCACUCGAUACCCUACGAAUCGCGCUGGCUGACCGGCAUCGGGCUUGCUUUUUACUUUCUCAACAUUUGUUUGUUCAUAAUGAACUGUGUAUUAAUCUCGUUGCGGUUUCAUUGGCGGCCGGGAAGCUUUGUCGAGUCGUUCACGGACCAGAUGGAGUCGUUGUUUAUUUCUUCCCUUAUUGUAUCACUAGCGACGAUUCUCAUCACCACGGCCCAGUAUGGUAUUCCUCACGUUGGUGACUGGCUUCUCUCUUUGUUGGAGGCGCUGUUUUGGGUUUACGUGGGGUUAAGCACGCUAUCUUCUGCGGGCCUUUAUCUCACUCUUUGGUCGACUCAAGUCUUUCCAAUCCACACCAUGACUCCGGUCUGGGUCUUCCCCGCCUACCCUCUCUUGCUGACCGCCCCUAUGGCCGCGAACCUCAUCUCUGCCGCCGCCCAAUCCGGCCGCAUUGACCUGUUAAACCCUAUUGCUAUCUCCUUAGCCAGCUUGACAACUCAGGGCACCGGCUUCCUAAUCGCCUUUAUGAUCUCGGCCUCCUUCCUCUACCGCCUCAUGACUCAAAAACUUCCCCGCGACCAUCAACGUCCCGGUGUUUUCAUCAGUAUCGGUCCGUCAGGUUUCACCGCGGCAGGUCUUGUCUCCCUCGGUGGCCUAGCAUCCGAUAUUUUCCCCUCCGACCACACCCUCUCAGCGGAUAUACUCAAAGUCAUGGCAUACAUGACUGGCCUUUGGCUCUGGGGGUUGAGCAUCUGGUUCUUCUUGGUGUCUGUGGGUUCCCUUUGGAAAUAUCUCCGUCCGGAGAAGAAGGAGAACUUCAAGUUCCAGAUGACGUGGUUCAGCUUUGUAUUUCCUAACACUGCGCUGGUCACGGCGACGGAGGCGAUUGGGAUACAGCUGGGGGCUGAAGGGUUGAAGGUCUUUGGGUGUGUACUGGCAGCGGGGAUUGUAAUUGUUUGGUGCUUGGUGGUGGGGAGGAUGGUGGACUGUUUGUGGAAGCGGGAGUUGCUUUGGCCCAAGGAGGGGGAGGGGAGGAGGAACCGGCAGGAACAGGGUCAGGAGACGGAUUAGAGAGGCCGUUUGCUUAAUGUUUCUGGCGGUUCUGGGGGGAUGGGGAGGGAGAGGGUUGGGAGUGUGAGUUCGAUCUUCUCGGUCGGGUCAAAUGGAAGGGAGAGGGGAGGGAGU